UCAAAGCAACCCAUUACUCUGCACGCCAUCCCAGAAAUGUUCAACGGAAGAAACCAUCGAUUCGUUUAAAUCCGCUUGGCUUAAUCAACAAUGUCUAAAGCCUUUAAAGAAAUGCAUCGGAGUACCACCAGCACCACCCACAACGACACAGCCAAAGAAACGGCUCUCACUGAGUAAAAAUUCGAGAAAACGAUCGACGGAUGGAAAGCUGUAUUGCCAUUGUCGUCAACCUUAUGACGCUACACGCUUCAUGAUUGCCUGCGAUAAAUGUGAUGAAUGGUUUCAUGGCGAAUGCAUUCAUAUUAAUGAAAAGGAAGGUGAAUUAAUCGACUUGUAUUUCUGCAUCCAAUGCUCCCAAGGGAAAAGAACACUAUGGAAACCUAAAUGCUCAAACCCCGCUUGUCAUAAAGCGGCAAGAAUAGGUGCUAGUCUAGGUCAUGUCUCGAAAUAUUGCUCUGAUUCAUGCGGUCUCCAGGUUGCACGAGCACGGCUGACCUGGGCAGAAAUGAAGCGCCGCCGUCAUACGGAGGAUGAUUCUACCAAUAAUGAGACGAUUGUUCAGUUAUGUCUAAAGAGACAGCGGGCGUCGCGUAUGCAUUCUUUAGCAGAUGCAGAAGAUCGUGCCAGGUUACCGAAAAUUCGUUGUGCCAAGAGAAAAGUGCGAGAUACAGUAGGACGUAUAGAUGCACAACUCAAGGCCUUGAGUGAAAGAGAACCAUGGUGUGGGUAUCGACACGACAAUGGGUCUGUAUGUAAACAAGAAAACAGAUGUGAGAAACAUGGUGAUUGGCAAGAACGUUUGUGUGAGGAAUAUAAGCUAGAAAAACAAGAACAGUUUAAAAUCUUGUUGGCAUUAGAAAAGGAAUGGCAGCAAGUGAAAGAACGGAUAAGACGACGAAGGAAUGAAAAGGAAAUCUUGCAUGAUUUAGUCAACGAGACCUUGUGUGUGUAGUCUCAUUUUGUUUGUUUAUGUGUUCUCUCAUUUGAUUCCAUUGUAAUAUAUUACUUUUUUUUUUUACCCCUAAUCAUUGCAUAAAACAGAGGAAGAACUAAAUUCAACCACCGUCACUUUUUCUUUUCUUU